CAUAGACGGUAAUCAUAAGCUUAUUAGGUGGCGAAUGGUUCUCCAUCAUGCCGUCGACGGCUUCAGUCGCCUCACUGUUUUUUUCCCGCUGUUCAGCAAAUAACAGGGCUGCAACCGUGCUAUCUCUAUACCAAGAUGCAAUACGACAAUACGGACGUCCGUUCAGAGUGAGAACGGAUCAUGGGGGGGAAAAUGUCGCUGUCUGGAACGACAUGGUAAAUGCCUGGGGCGAAGAAGCCAGACCCGUUGUCGUCGGCAGCUCCGUACAUAACCAGCGCAUCGAGCGCCACAAUCGAGCUGUUAACGAGCAAGUGUUUAAUGGAUUCAAACAAGAAUUUUAUGACCUAGAGAGGGAAGGAAUUUUGGAUCCUUUAAACGAGACAGACAUGUUUUGUCUACAGUACAUAUACCUGCCAAGAAUAAACAGGAGACUGACAGAAUUCACUGAUGCUCAUAACAAUCAUGCCGUGUCAACAGAGAGGAACAAUUUCCCGGCUCAGUUGUUUUGGUUAAAUCUCCAUCUUACUGCCUUCAGAGGAGGCAGGUCUUCUGACGAUGCUUGGCGUGGUAUGAACGUCCGAGAUUUGAUGUCAAGUCAAACUCUUCCACACGUGCAAGUUCCUGAUACAAGUAAUCCUCUUAGCAACGAAUCUUACCUCCGACUGCAGCGUAAUGUGGACCCUCUCUCCUCGGCCAGCGGCAAAGAACUAUACCGCUGUGCCUUGCAAAUGGUGGGAGAAAUGAUGCAACAACAAGACAGCAAUGACUAAACGUGAUUUAGAUAACAAUUUAUUUUACUGUACAUUUUUAUUCUGGGUUGUAACAGAGCAAACCCGAGGUGACCAUUAGUCAAAGCUCGUAACAUUAACUUCACUAUACCUGGAAACCGAACGCCAUCAAGGGCACGUGUUUGGUGUUUCUGAGACUUAGCAGGGGGUGGGAGAGGGGAAAAAGUCUCCCCUAUUAAUGGUUACGUCUAAUGUCCCUAGUUAAAGAAUUCGCGUCCCUCCCUCCCUCCCCCUCACAGCCCUCUGGGCUCAAUAGCAUUAAAAAGCGGCAAUUUUCUAUAAUAAAGCUUAAUUUCAGGUGCCGUAAAAACAGCUCCGCAAAACUGACACUUGUCACAAGAAUGAACUCAACAUAGUAAAUUCAUAACAGUGAUACAACAAUUAACUGCAAUUAUUACGUAUAUCAAAAUAUUAUUUCAAAUUUAAACGCGCACAUUUCUUGUUGAUUAAUAAAAAUAAUAUAACCAAAGUGUACUGUUCAAGCGUAUCCAAAGCAUGGGGAAUUUUUAAUCGCAAAAUCCAUCUUUCGUUUGAAUUCUUCAUACUCUGAAUAGCAGACAGGAAUCCUAAUAGUAUUGGCGCACGUAUUGGCCAUUGCAAAGGGCUCAUCAUCUAAGAACGUUAUGGUGGUGGGUUGAUCAAAUCCCAGUGGUGGUGGUCUGCUUGCCCCAGUCACGAAUACCAGCACUUCUUCGAUGGAAGCUUCCGCGUCGUUAGCUGCAGGAAAGUGAUUCAUUAGAAGGGAUUGUAUAUUGUUCGUUAAUAACAGAAUGGGGAAAUUGUCAAGGAAACAACUUUUCCGGGGCUUAGUAUUCCCCUGUGUAAGUCUUUUAGGUAUGUGUCGCCCCAAAGGGUAUGGGCUUUUGAACCGUUUUGGUCUGAAGACGGAUAUAAAUUUAGACCAUUAUGGUCUCAACGUUCAACGGAACGAGAGCGAACUAGUGCUCACUAGUGUAACUGCAAACAUAUCUCUUUACUUAGGCUAAGUAAGGAGAAAGAAUGCAUAAUUUGUAGUAAUAAUUUAAUUUAGGUGUAUUGCAACGUUGCAAGCAAUUUACUAUAUUGUAUG